AGCUUAUCUUUUAACGUUCGUUUUCAUACUGAAAUAGGUCGCAGGGCAACGAAUACGUCCAAUAUGUCAGCUCUUUGGAUAAUUGUACUGGUCUGUGUCCUGUCUGUAAGGGUGGAAUCAUCAUGUUUUAUGUCUCUACAUAACGCAACAGCCGAAGGCUGUGAGUAUAAUGGACGACAGAUUGCUGCCGGGGACUCUUACAGGGACAUGGACACGUGCAUUUCGUGCAGUUGUGGCCAUGACAACAGCAUACAAUGUUGUGGUUUUGGCCACCAGGCUGGAGUGUUUGCUGUUCCUGACGGCUGUUUUAUGCUGAAGAAUGGGUGUGAUUUCAAAAUUGUAAGCACUCAAAAUCAUCUGAUGCCCUGUUCAGCCCCUGUUUUCGGAUAGUUUAUUAAUUCAUAUUUGCUGAUAUAUGUUUAAGAAAAUAAAUAAAAAUAAAAAGCAAA